AUGCUUUCAAGAACAACUCUUAAUCUUCAAAAAGUAAUAAUUGAUGACUUUAUUGAGGACAAAGUAAUGGAUUUAUUGAUUAAAAGUUCUACUUUAUCUCAUUUAACAAAAUUAUUAGUGGAAUUAAUAAGUUACUUGAAAGAAAUAAACAUUUCUUAUAUUCGGAGAAUGGUCGUUAAGGAUAUGCGGGAUGUACAUUGUGAUGACGAAAAUAUUAAACAGAAUUUAACAUUGAAAGUUCAAUUAAGCUCGAUUGAAUAUUACGUGCGGCAACUUUUAGAAAAUAACAAAUGGGAUUCCGGGAAAAAUGAAAUUAACAAAAUAAUUCGACAUUGCCAAGAAAAUUCACUAAUUUACCCUAUUAAUAAAACAUCUUACCCUAUUAAAAUAGUUGAAUGGAUUCCAUAUAAUCAACUUAAAGAAGUUCAAAAAUUCAAAAAAGGUGGGAAUGCACAACUACAUACCGCAAUUUGGUCUAUGGGUCCUUAUACUAUGUCUCUUGGAUGUGGAUUUUCGAGAACUGGCCCAGAAGAUGUAAUCCUUAAAGAGAUUGAGCUGGAUAAUUUUGAUGAGGAUCCUGCUUCUGACAAAUUUCUGCUGGUCUUGGAACGUAAAACUUAUGAUUUACGUGAAUAUCUAGGAAAAAAUCAUUCAACUCUUACUUGGAAACAUCGUUAUGAGAUGUUAGCUCGGAUUUCAGAAGCACUUAAUACAAUACACAACAAUAAUUUAAUUCACAGGGACUUGCAUUCUGGUAAUAUCUUGUAUGAUAAAUGCACUUGGGUGAUAGGAGAUUUUGGACUUAGCGUCCCCAUUAACUCUUCUGAGUUAAACAUUAAAGGAGUUUUGCUCUAUAUAGCACCAGAAUUAUUGAAUGGAGGAAAAUAUACUACUAAAACAGAUGUUUAUAGUUUUGGAAUGAUAAUGUGGGAGAUUUAUUCAGAAAAACCACCAUUUUUCGAUAGAGAAAAGGAUGAAUUAGCAACGCAUAUCGUAAUGGGGUCUAGGCCAGAUAUUGUAUCUGAUAUUCCAAUCUUUUAUGCACUAAUAAUGCAAAGAUGUUGGGAUCCAGAUCCUAAUAAACGGCCUGAUAUUAAUACACUAAAUAAACUAUUUAAUCUAGCCUCGCUAUUUCAUUUUGAUAAUUGGAUAUCACGUGAAGGAUAUAGAUAUUUACUGGCUUUUGCAUUUUAUUUAUUAAACAUAUGUCACGAUGACUAUCUUUAUUUUGCUAGCUCUAUUAGAACAUUAUCUGAUAAUAGUACAUUAUCUGAGAAUGAUUUAUCAGGUAUUUUAAAAGUUACAAAAUUUAUAAGAUAA